AUAAUAUAAGCACUUUUCUAACAGUAACGUGUAUUUUAAAUAUUUGUAUGCAGAACAUUGUUAAACAAAAUGGAUACUAUUAAUAAUAAUAAUAUGUUAAGGUGUUUCAAUAGACUGGUUUUGAUAAAAGGAAUGCAAAUAUAAACAUACCCUGAACAGUUUUUGUUAUCUUUUGAUAUAAACGUUUUUUUGAAUAAUUAUAACGGAACGGUUCAAACCAUUUUAUUUACAUUGUGCUCUUGAGAAUCGAUCGUUAAUUGAAGACAAAUAAAAUUUUGUGUUUUCUUAAGAAGAAUGCCAAAAGGUUUUAUUUAUUUUAACCAUCGCUUCCUAGUUUAACCAUUGCUUCCUCAAAGUUUAGAUGGCGACGCGAUAACUGCACAUGAAGGCAAUCAAAGAUUGUUUGAGGAUCAUGCGUGCAAUUGUGCCGUGACAAAUAUUCCUUUUAUAGCCUUCAGUCUUCGAAGUUUGAAAAAUAAUUGUUUUUAACAAAUCAACAAGAAGGGAUAGAAAAUGGUGUUCGAAAAUUUAAAACGCAUGCGCAGCUUUAUCACGAAGAUGACGGCAAAAGGACAGAAACGAAAGAUCCGCCAAGAAAAAAUAGAUGAAUUACAAAAUGAAGUCAGUUUUUCCUCAGAUGAAAUAAAAGACUGGUUUUAUGAAUAUAACAAACGCCUUGGAGAAGGCCACAAAGAGUUAACAAAAGAAGAGUUUAAGGACGUGUAUAACUCCAUCUUUGCUGGUGAUGCGUCCGAAUUUGCCGAACACGUGUUUCGAACAUUUGACCGUGAUGGGAACGGAACCGUAGAUUUUAAAGAGUUUUUAAUUGGCUUGUGUGUAUCUGGUAGUGAUGACACGGCGGCAAAAUUAAGUUGGGCCUUCAAAAUGUAUGACAUCGAUGGAGAUGGCUACAUAUCCCGUCAAGAAAUGAGGAGCAUUAUGUCAGCAAUCUACAAGAUGACGGAAUUGCAGAACCCGGAUGAAACCGGUAGCCAGGCGUCCGCGGAGGACCUUGCCGACCGGUUCUUCGAAGACUUUGACACAAACAAGGACGGCUUGGUCUCAUGGGCGGAAUUUCGGGUCGGGGCGACCAACGACCAAACCAUUAUCAGCCUUCUUGAAUGCAACCCGGACACUGACCCCGAAUAAAGUGGACAGCCCUCAUUGGAUUUUGUUUUAAGAAAAAAAAUAUAGUUUGCAAACAUUUCAAAUUUGCACGGAGACUUAAGUUGGUUUUCGUGAGUUUCGUUUUAUUAUGUUGACCGAGUUAUAUAAAUGCAUUUCACAAUGAUAUAUUUGAAAUGCAAUGAUAGUGUACAUGUUUCUCCUACUUUUGACAAAGACUACGGUUAUUGACAAAGAUUAAUGAACGUUAACACUGUUGUACAGAUGUGUCAUAUUUUCUAUUUGAUUUCAGUAAAGUGACGUUAAAGUUAUCAAUUGAUCUGCUCCUAACUUACCUAUGAUUAAAGUGAAAGUAUGAAAAUGAUGUCAAAUGGAGAAAACCAGAAACUCCAAAAGCAGAAUGUAAUCAAACAUUUCAUUUAUAAGUCCAUUAAACCAAAACCUCGAAACGCUUCUGCAAA